UCACAUUCUCAUUCUGUAACUCGGGUUGAACAGAUCACAUUUUGUAAGGACAAAGUUUGCAGUUUUGUGACUUGCAAUUUAUUCUCAGAAUAAAAAGUUGUGUUUUUAAAAUAGAAAAGUUUAUAUCAAAUAGUUUUCGAAAAAUCACACGUAUACAUUCUUCAGCGUUUUGUCUUUGGUCUCGAGCUAUAAUAUAAAUGAGACUUUACUUGCUGAAUGUCUUCGUCUGACGAGAGCAAGAAUAAAGAGCACUUGUCCCAAAACAGCCAAAACCACCCCCACCGAGAGGAAGAAUCUAGCCAGAAUUUGAAGAAUAAUUCAACUUCAAACCAUAGUCAAAAUCGAAGCAAGAGUAAAAGCCAGUCCCCGCAGGAAUCUUCUGACCCAUUUUUCCAAGACUUUUACAACCGAAAGAAAAACCGACCUCGGUUAAGUGAACGGAUUUUCAGCAAUCGUCCAGGCGGUGGUGUGUUCGAGAAGGAUAAUUUUGUAGACGACUUAAGGAAACAUAUUGAAGAGGAGAGGAAAAUGUUUUUUGAUUCCGACCCAUUUGGAAACUUUCCUAGUCAUCCGAGGGGUGGUUCUCCAGCACCCGGAGGGGCACAUCAUGCUGGGAGUGGAAGUCCUAGAGCUGGAAGGAACGGGGGAGGAUUCCCAUUUGACAGUACACGAUCUCGAUUAGACCACGACUUUCCGGGAGCCAGACAUCCAAUGUUUACCAUGAGACGUCCAGCGUGGGAGGAUGAUCCCUUUGGGGGAAAUCCGUUCCAUCGUGAAAGACACAACUCUGGAUCAUCCGGAGGAGGUGCGUCGGGUUCAUCGACAGCUUCUACUGGGGAAGAACACAUUAUACCGAUUCGGAUUGAACGAAGUGAUGGCACGUCGUCCCCCUCAUCACACAACGGCCCUGCUCCAAAUGCGCAUGCAAAAGCUGCUGCGAAAGCAAAUGCCUCAGUCCAACGGAGCAAUCCCAUUUCAACAACGCCGAUCCCAAUGCCUGCGCCAGAAGGAAUGAGUAUGAGUCCAUCUCCGACACCAGAUUCUCACAUCAAAAUGCAUCAUAUUCCUGGACCCCAGAGAAGCUCUACCGAUGAAGUAAGAAAAUCGCCAUCUCCGGGUCGAUCUUCGCGUGCCCAGUCUGCUCCCCCUGAUUCGCCCAACAAUGACGGCCAAGGUUCUGGUGGUGGCAAAAAAUUUGUCUCGAGCAUCAACAUUGAACCUAAAGUAGUGACGAACCACUCUGUACCUCAACCAACUCAAUUGGGUGGAAAAUGUACCAAAGAGAAAACCCCACCAAAGGUAGGAACUGAUGGACGUCCAAUCCCGAUAUUUGUGGAAGGACGUGGUCCCUCUGUAAACAACGGAUAUGGACCUGGUCCUGCCACUUCUCAAGAACAUUACCAGCAAAACCAUGCUGAUCCUCCACAGCAACAGAAAGCAUCUCGACCUGCCGAACCUCGUGAGGUUACGCCUCCACCAAAGAAACCUACUCCGCCCAAAGACCCAUUGGAGAAAGUUGCAGAUAUUACUCAAGAUGUGAACGAAUUGAGUGUCAAAAUUGAUCAAUUUACUGGGAAAACAAAGGACAAGGAGUUUUUAUUCUUGGACGAGAUGCUGACGAGAAAUCUCAUCAAACUUGAUGUGAUUGAGACUGAGGGCCGAGAGGAUGUUCGUAACGCUAGGAAAGAGUGUAUAAAACUGAUCCAAAGUUGUAUUGCUAAACUGGAAUCCAAAGUUCCUUCUAACAACAAAUCUGGAGCAGAGGAAUCAAAGAUGGAUAUCGAUGACACUUCUUCAGUAAAUCAACAACCUGAUGCUGACAAAGGGGGAGAAUCUACUGAUAGUAAUACCAGUCUACAAAACCCUUCUACACCAUCCAAAACAAGUACCUCCGCAGAAACGGUCAAAGUUUCAGCAUAGUUCAGAUAGUCCAGCUAAAUAUUCGUAUAUUUUUAUGGUAGUAGCUUAACGAAUCACUUGUCAUCACAGAUUACCUUCAGAUUCUGCCACCACUGUUUUAAACAUUACUGCGAUAGGUCAGUAUUCGCCUUCAAUUUCCUCAGCAUUGUAUUGCAUAUUAAUUACUGAUGUAAUUUCUCGUCUUGUAUAAGGUGGUUCUGUCGAUUUCUCGUCUUGUAUAAGGUGGUUCUGUGUUUAAACCUCAUUGUGUUGUAAUGAUUUUGAGUGCUAUUAAUACUGCAUGACCCAAUUUAUAAUAAAUAGUUUCUCGUAUAGCAUGCUAAGGAAAACUGAUCAGUUUUAGUUUAAUAAAUACGUAUAGUCAGAAUAGAAUGCAACAACUAUGUAUGUAAGAAAAGCAGUUUAGGUAAGCCAUGGAUGUCGUUCGAGUAAACUAUUAUUGUUAUUAUUUACUUCUAGCUUCUAUAUGAUGAUGAGGUCUCUUUACGGCUGUGAUACACGUUUCACGGUAGGAAAAACUAUAUGAUAGUACUUAUUGCAAAUAUUGUUAAUUUUGUUUACAUGUAAAUUACACGAUUGUUGUUACGUUUAAUAAGCUAAACUCAUUUUCAGUUCAGGAAUUUGUGUAUUAUUAUUAUUUAUGUAUCUCACCAAAAGGAGAAAGUAUGUACGACCGGUGCCUCAUACAACAACACUUAUUGUUGCAUCUCUCAGCUAUUUGUUUUCAUUUAUUGUGCAGUGUAAAUGGAAUAAAUUGCCAGUAAAUCAAUGUUGAAUAAAUAUUUAAAGCGUGAA